UAAAUUAAAGAUCUAACAGAUCAAUUUAAUAUAUUUCUACGUCAAAUAAAAUAUAUAAAAAAAAAAUUACAAUGCCGGUUACGUUUUCAAAACCCAUUCAAGACAUUCAAGGCGACUUGUCUGCAAGAGUCCUUACAGAAAAAGAGGACGAGUUGGAAACUCUUAUACUCUUAUUUGAAAGCAAAAUUGAUAAUAAUAAAAUGCCUACAGCUAAUGAAAUAGUAAAGCAUCAAGAUUCGAAGAAAAAAAUCAAACGUCCGCCAAAUUCCAAUAUAAUCUACACAAACCAGCUCGGAAAGUGCGGGCUAUUAGAUAUUAUCAGGAAUUUUUGUGAUCAUCAUGGUAUAAAUAAGCAAAAAUUAGUCCCCAUUUCCAAAAAAGUAAGCAAAACAUUAUGGGAAAGACUAUCACCAGUUCACCAAGGAUUUUUUGAGGAAUUGGCUUUAAAAGUCAGUAAGGAACAUAAAUUAAAACAUCCAAAUUAUAAGUAUCAACCCGAAAGAAAAAAAAAGAAAACACCCACAUACAAACAUUAUGAUCCUGAGAAAAAGUUAAAACAUAAUACCGAUUCAAAUCAUCACGUGGAAAAUCCUUCCGCCGAUAAUGAAGUAAAUGAGCAACAAUAUGAAGAAUCAAAUACAUCAACCGAUAAUGAAGUAAAUGAACAACAAUAUGAAGAAUCAAAUACAUCAACCGAUAAUGAAGUUAAAUUUUUAGGAAAAGAAAAGAAAUAA